CUGGCGGCCCUCGGCGUGCGCUGCUGGCAGAAGGAACCGCACUUCGCGCUGGCCGGCCUCUCCGGCGUCGUACUCUUCGUCGCGGGCCUCUUCAGCCUCAUCCCGGUCUCCUGGUACAACCACUUCUUGGAGGAUCGCGAGGUCCUGCCCGGCCCGGCCAGCCCGGUCACGCUGCAGGUUAGUUACAGCCUGGUGCUGGGCUACCUGGGCAGCUGCUUGCUGCUGUUGGGCGGAUUCUCCCUGGCGCUCAGUUUUGCGCCCUGGUGCGAGGAGCGGUGUCACCGCUGCCGCAAGGCGCCCUCCGCCGGCCCGCGCCGCAGUAGCAUCAGCACCGUCUACGUGGACUGGCCUGAGCCGCCAGCCCGGUCACGCUGCAGCCACGGGGAGCAGGACAAGGUGGCCGCCUCCCACAGCGCCUCCUCACGCAGCACCCAGCCCUACCACAGCUCGCUGCCCUGCGACUCUGACCUGUAGGUGCCCUGGCCCAGCCCCGAGUGCUCCACACAGGCUCUGAGCUCAGCCUGGGUUUGAGGGGCACCAGGAACUCUUUCUGCCCUGUCCCACCUUAAAUCUGUGCGCUGCGGAGCAGUCUGCAACUUCCUGGCUCUGAGGUGGAAGACCCCACGGCAAACUUCCUUCCCUGUGGCCUUCCUUGGACGUUUAGUUCAGCUUUUCUUUUUCCUUCUUCUUCUUCUUCUUCUCCAGUUAUCCGGUCCUCAUAGAGUAACGGGCGUUUCUUAUUUUCUUGCUGAAGGAGAUUACAAAGGGUAGUGCCUUCAUCCUGUUGAACAUUGACAGUAACAGCAGCGAAAAGUUGAAAUCAGCAAAUAGAGGCUCAAAGGUGUUUUAAUGCCUUGAAACUACAGUGUUUUAAAAUAUCAGUGUAUCUUGUAUCAUAUAAUUAUUGUAUUUUUCCGGCUUUAAUACUCCUUUCUCAUGCAGGCUCAAAAGGCCAGUGUAUUUCUGUCUGUUUGAAGGAGGCUCCUAAACUGAGAGCCAUGUAAAUGCCACCAACUUUCUUGGCGCUCACAGAAUGCAGUAACCUGGAGUACUCAUCUACUUCAUCCUACAUAAGUAAGAUUUAUCUUUCUUAUCACUUAUUUUGGUGUGAAAGGUGAGGUCAUUCAAAAGUUUUUAUCUUCCAAUAACCAGGAGAAUGAAGACAUUAACAUUUUAUUGCCCUAUUCCU